AUGAAUACAGCCUCGCCCACUAAGCGUCGCGUUCUCGGUGCGCUCGACCCCAACGCGUGCUCCCCUAACAAGAUGAGAAGGCACGAGGGCAAGCUGCUAUCGUCGUCCAUGCAGCAGAGUCCUGUCAAGUCUAAGUUGUUUGCUACCCCGCGCCAGGGUACCGCGUCGCCUGCACGUGGUCGUGCGCUGUUAUCUUCCACAGCAGCCAACUCUACAUUGGUGUCGGGUAUGGAGAACCAAGGGGUGUCGAAGGCGCAGGAGGAAGAGAGAGGAAGCCCGACUAAGAAACGCCGCUCUCCUUCGCUUGCUUCGACCGCGUCGGUGGGCUCGUCGCGGGGUGUGUCGGCGCGUGUUGAUACCUUGGAGGAGGGGCUGGGUGGAGAGCCGGUGGCGAAGAGGCCGUGUUUGGAGAACAAGGACGAGGUCCAACCCCGACGGGCAGAGUCUCCGCCCUCUUCAUUGUCAACAGCCGCGACCGCUCCGAUCCGCGACCGCUCCGUUUCGCCCGAUGCCACCUCAGUGUUUGACAACUCGAUUGUGGAUAACUCACAGGCUACGGUUAUCACGGAGCCAGACAUUGCCAGUCUUGUGCCUGCCACGGCGCCCGUCCCUGUUACACUCCCGGCCUCGCUUUCCCGGCCGCGGAUGACGCGUGAACAAGCCAGACAAAAAGCUGAGAUCCUCCGCCUGCGUCUCGGCCUCGCAAGUUACAAAGUGCGCACCAACCAGACCGAGGUGUCACUCGAUGCACUAGAAGCUCGGGCUGCCGAAAUUAAGAGACCGGCCAGAAACUCGUUCUCUGCCCACGGCCGAAGUGAGAGCCACGGCCAGCAGAAUGCCUAUCCUGCCCCGACAUCCCUCUCAGCAUCAUUCCCUCCCCCUGGCACUGCAUCUAGCUCCACAACCCGGGGUGGUAGACGACCUUUGCCCGCUGCGCCCGUCCGGAGACCCAGCAUGGGCGUCGAGCGCGGGCCAAGGCUAGCAGCGCCCUCGAGAAGCCCCCGUUUCGCCCAAUCCCGGCCAGCAACUAUCAUCCGUGACGAACAACGGUGGACACAAAAAACGCAAAAUCGCUACACUCACCAGCAGCCGCGCGACUCCCACCACCGACCGGUCCACUGCCAACCCGUCCAUCACCACCAGCGCCACCAAUCCGAAGUUCUCCCCAAGUCCCACCACAACACCACAACGCGCGACAUGUCCGCCGCAGAUCCUAGAAUCCCGCCCCGUCCGCGCAGGGCCACCGAUUCAGCCGACUCUUUGCUAUCAGCCUUGUCAAGGCCGUACCAUCCCGACAACGGCAACAACACCAGCCAAAGGAGGGUCAGCUUCGUGGGGCACGACAGGUACCAAGGUCGUCAUGACGGGGGAAGAGCCAGAGACGAAGGGGACCGGGAAGCAGACCGGGAGACAGACAUGGAAGAUAGGGGUGGUGCGGCGAGCGGUCUGCUUAGUUUGGCUCGGAGUUAG